AUGUCCCUCAACUUCAAGGCCUUUCUCGUCUUCCUUCGCAAGAUGCUUACGUCUCUUUUGAUGCCGAGUGCAGCGGCCAAGUCUUCUUACACGCUGCCGUGCUCCGCCUUCAACUCGAUGUGCGCGGACAUGGACUCCUACACCUUGCUCGACCGCUACUAUCGCUUCUACCAGCCUCCUCGCUUCUAUCCUUCGAUCGGCCCUGCUCUCGCUCUCUACCGAACGAAGAAGGACGUACUGAAGCCUCUGGUCGCGGCCUUUCAGAAAGAGGAGUACAACGACGUGACGAUACUGCGACGAGGCCAGAAUGUCCACCCGCCGGCGGUGGGCGUGGUCUACGAUGCCUGGAUCACGAAGGCCGGCUCCGUGCUUGGCGACGACGUCUUCAUUUCCAUGUGGCCCGACACGUUCAACCUGACCGACUUCCGCCAUCAAUACUUCCCCACAGCAAAGAACCAGACUUCCAAGGACGGAGAAUGGAAGAAGGUGAAGGAGGUGGUCGUGAUAUCGCACACUCACCAGGUCAUGUUCUGGCACAUGAUGGUGAGCGAAUACUUCCGUUUGUCUACGCUUCUGCCCUACGUCCAGGCCAACGAGCACAUCUACAUCCACCUGGGCUGGCAGUUCCCCAAUCCUCUGAUCAAGUCCCUCUACGCGUUCCUGAACAUAUCCGAGGAUCGUCUGCUGUGGAACACGAAGGUGCAGGCUGAUGUGGUCUACUAUACGCAAUACGUAGAACGCAACGACGUGCCAUCGAUCGGGAUGACGCAGUUGAUCUCGCAGACUCUGCUCAACGCCCUUGAGGUGCCGGAGGACCGGCGGCUGAGCGUGCUGGCGAUCGACGAUCCGGCGAAGGUCAGUCUGCCCAAGGAGGACAUCGAAUUGAACAUCCUCUUCAUGGUGCGAAAGCCCCACGGGUGGAAGGGACGGAUCAUUCUCAACUACGACGAGGUCAAGGAGGCGAUCCUCGACCUCGUCGCCGCUUAUCCGGCGAAGCUUCAGCGUUUGUCCACACAAGACAAGGAGGACGUCGACAUCCAGGAGGACGACCACUAUCGAACGGGCCAUCUGAAGAUCAACUUCAUCGAGCAUCACGCUCACAUGAACGCGACGGAUGGGAUGAAGCUCUUCAGCGAGGCCGACAUCAUCAUGGGUCCUCAUGGAGCAGGCUUCAUCAACCUCUUCGCUGCACGGCCAGGAGCGCACGUGGUCGAGUUGAUCACCUCUCGCCACCUGAACUUGUACACUUCCGCUCGCUUGGGCCUCACCUUCCACGGCUGCAUCGCCAUGACCUCUCGAGAGGGAAUUUCCGAACAGGCUCCUGCCCCCAUCAUCAACUUCAUCGCCGACGUGAACAUGCUCACGACGAUCGUAGAGUCCAUCCUCGACUCUCGUUUUGUCCCCGCCUCCUCCCGCGCCUCUGGGGAUUCGCUCAAGGCUCAGGGCUGA